AUGGCUCCUUCCGCCGCCGAGAGCGCCUCACCGAUUGGUAUCGCCAACCUCCCUAACCAGCGACACAAGAUCGUUGCCAAGCGAGGUGCUGCCUUUACUAUCAUGGUUGCGGGCGAGUCCGGCCUGGGAAAGACCACCUUCAUCAACACCCUCUUCUCGACGACCAUUAAGAACUAUGCCGACCACAAGCGCCGUCACCAGAAGCAGGUCGACAAGACCGUCGAGAUCGAGAUCACCAAGGCUGAGUUGGAGGAGAAGUUCUUCAAGGUCCGCCUGACCGUCAUCGACACCCCCGGUUUCGGCGAUUAUGUCAACAACCGCGAUUCGUGGAUGCCCAUCAUCGAGUUCCUUGACGACCAGCAUGAGUCCUACAUGCUUCAGGAGCAGCAGCCUCGUCGCCAGGACAAGAUCGACCUGCGUGUCCACACCUGCUUGUACUUCAUCCGCCCCACCGGUCACACCCUGAAGCCUCUCGACAUCGAGGUCAUGAAGAGACUCUGCUCGAGAGUGAACUUGAUUCCCGUCAUCGCCAAGGCUGAUACCCUUAGCCCUGCGGACCUGGCCAGGUUCAAGGCUCGCAUCCGCGCUGUCAUCGAGGCCCAGAGCAUCAAGAUCUACCAGCCUCCUGUUGAGGAGGACGACGAGCCUGCUGCCCAGCACGCUCGCAGCUUGAUGGCCGCGAUGCCCUUUGCCGUCAUUGGUUCCGAGAAGGACGUUAAGACCGGCGACGGCCGCAUCGUCAAGGGUCGCCAGUACUCUUGGGGUGUUGCCGAGGUCGAGAACGAGGACCACUGCGACUUCAAGAAGCUGCGUUCCAUCCUCAUCCGCACCCACAUGCUCGACCUCAUCCACACCACCGAGGAGCUGCACUACGAGGCCUACCGCGCCCAGCAAAUGGAGACCCGCAAGUUUGGCGAGGCUCGCCCCAGGAAGCUCGACAACCCCAAGUUCAAGGAGGAGGAGGAGGCGCUGCGCAAGCGUUUCACCGAGCAGGUCAAGAUCGAGGAGCAGCGCUUCCGCCAGUGGGAGCAGAAGCUCAUUGCCGAGCGCGACCGCCUCAACAAGGACCUCGAGCAGACCCACACCCAGAUCAAGCAGCUGGAGACCGAGCUGGAGCAGAUGCAAGGAAGCGCCGUCCGCAGCCACGGCCGCCGCUGA